AUGAGGUACCCUGACGAAAACGAACCAAGCGAUCUUGCGAGUACAAUAAAGCUGCUGAUGGAGCUGGCAGAUUGUGAGAGAGACAUCUUUCUGCCUAUAUUUGAGCAUGGUGAUACUCACAUCUAUGAAACGAAACAAGAGGAAGACGUCGAUUCAGACACGGAGGAGAAUUUGAGUACAGCUGACGAAGAAGAAGACGAAGACGAAGAAGAACUACAUGUUCCUCCAGAAUCAGAUAAAGUGAGGUCCCCAGCAGACAUAGCAGAAGGAAGCUUUUUCUGGCUUCCCGGGUACGAUUUGACAUUUUCAUUCCCUUACAUCACCGGCCUCCCUCACGUUCCCACCAUGUACAUUCGCCUCAUCCGCUUCAUGAGGUACCACUAUUUGAAAGUCGAAUGGUUGGUGGGUCGUAGAACAGCACGAUUAGUGUCAUGUCUCUGGAACGCCCACAGACGCCGAAACGAGUACCUCGACCUGCGUUCUCCCGGAGAUACUUCCGAGCCCAUCAUCGAGGUCGGAAUGCUUGAGGAGUUCAUCCUUUCGGUGAUGAAGACGACCUUGCUCCUCAACGGCAUAGACCCUGCAGCACAUCGUGCCGAAAUGGAAAAUGACGAUGAUGAGGGCUACGACGCAUCAGGCGAGCUGGAUGACGAUCUCACGCCUGUGACGCUGCCGGAAGCCACCGACUGGGAAUGGCGUUUGGACAACCUGCCUUUGAUAGACGAUCUUUGCCAGACUCCAUACGGAUUUCGCAGCCAAUCGCCGAUUGGACCGGAGCGUCUUUGUCGAAACCAGUCAGACCAGGAGACGAUGCAAGAGAUCAUUGACGAGGUGGAGCGUGGAGCCAGCUUGCAGCGAAAAUUCAACCAGAACCGUGAAUCGCUAUUGGCCGCUUUGGACCCUAGACGGUUAUAA